GUAUUGGACGAGUUGGGCAUCGAACUGUCUGAUGGGCUCCAUGGUUUGCCCACGAUGGCGGGCACAAUUGGGGGCCCUGAGGGAGCAGCCAAUCGGGGUGAAGCUUUGCCUGUUCCUGCCGGUGCUGACCCCACUGCCUCUGCGGAAACAGACGAAUUGGAGGCACGUUUACGCAACCUCAAGCGCUAG